CCGUCCCUUCUCUCUCUAUACACAUAUAUAAUAUACACACUGAUUUUUCACUCUGUGAAACUGAUACUUUACCUAUUAUCUUGUUUCUCAGUCAAUGAACAGUUGGAAUUGAUCAUUUCUACGAUGUAAGCGACUGUAAUCUGAAUAUUUGAUCGUUUCAUCAUCAUCUGAUUACUCAGAAGAGGGGUUUUAAGUUAUAUUGUAAAGGGUUAACAGAAAAAUGGCUUACAAUAGAAGGGGUUCUGAUCAGCCGCCGACGAGGCGGAUUUUGCGGACACAGACUACAGGUAAUUUAGGAGAGUCUAUGAUGGACAGUGAGGUGGUGCCAUCAUCUUUAGUUGAAAUAGCUCCGAUUCUUCGCGUGGCUAAUGAAGUCGAACCCAGCAACCCCAGGGUUGCUUAUCUUUGUCGGUUCUAUGCCUUUGAGAAAGCUCACAGACUAGAUCCAACAUCGAGUGGACGUGGAGUUCGUCAGUUCAAAACUGCUCUGCUUCAACGCCUAGAAAGGGAAAAUGAAAUGACCUUAGCAGGAAGGACAAAAAGUGAUGCUCGUGAGAUGCAAAGCUUUUAUCAGCAUUAUUACACAAAGUAUAUUCAAGCUCUGCAGAAUGCUGCUGAUAAAGCAGAUCAUGCUCGUCUUACAAAAGCAUAUCAAACUGCUGCUGUUCUGUUUGAGGUUUUGAAGGCUGUUAAUCUGACAGAAGCUGUUGAAGUGGCUGAUGAGAUUUUGGAAGCACACACUAAGGUUGAAGAAAAGACAAAGAUAUAUGUACCUUAUAAUAUACUUCCUCUUGACGCUGAUAGUUCUAAUCAGGCAAUUAUGAGAUACCCUGAGAUUCAAUCUUCUGUUGCUGCGCUUCGUAACACCAGGGGUCUGCCAUGGCCCAAGGGCUACAAGAAAAAAGUGGAUGAAGACAUUCUUGAUUGGCUUCAGGCUAUGUUUGGUUUUCAGAAAGAUAGUGUCACAAAUCAAAGGGAGCACCUAAUAUUGUUGCUGGCAAAUGUGCACAUUCGACAACCAAAGCUUGAUCAGCAACCUAAGUUGGAUGACCGUGCACUUACAGAAAUCAUGAAGAAACUUUUCAAAAACUACAAAAAGUGGUGCAAGUAUCUGGGUCGCAAAAGUAGUCUUUGGUUACCAACUAUUCAACAGGAAGUGCAGCAGCGCAAAUUGCUAUACAUGGGUCUAUAUCUUCUAAUAUGGGGGGAAGCUGCAAACUUGAGAUUUAUGCCAGAAUGCCUUUGCUAUAUCUAUCAUCAUAUGGCAUUUGAACUGUACGGUAUGCUGGCUGGGAAUGUUAGUCCCAUGACCGGUGAGAACGUUAAGCCUGCCUAUGGUGGUGAAGAAGAGGCUUUCUUGAAGAAAGUAGUUACUCCAAUCUAUAAUUCAAUAGCAAAGGAAGCCAGAAGGAUGAAGGGAGGAAAAUCAAAGCAUUCUCAAUGGAGGAACUACGACGACUUAAAUGAAUACUUUUGGUCAGUUGAUUGUUUCCGGUUAGGUUGGCCAAUGCGUGCUGAUGCUGAUUUCUUUUGCCAUCAGCCGAUAGAACAGCUUCGAGCUGAUAAAAGUGAUGAGAACAAACCAGUUACUGGAGAUCGAUGGGUGGGAAAAAUUAAUUUUGUCGAGAUACGCUCAUUUUUGCAUAUUUUCAGGAGUUUUGACAGAAUGUGGAGCUUCUUUAUUCUGUGUUUACAGGCAAUGAUUAUCAUUGCUUGGAAUGGUUCGGGACAACCAACUUCUAUAUUUAAAGGUGAUGUGUUCAAGAAAGUGCUGAGCAUCUUCAUAACCGCUGCGAUAUUGAAACUUGCACAAGCUGUCCUUGAUGUAAUUAUGAGCUGGAAAGCAAGGCAUAUCAUGUCAUUUCAUGUCAAGCUAAGAUUCAUUUUGAAGGUUGUUUCUGCUGCAGCAUGGGUGAUCGUUUUACCAGUAACUUAUGCAUAUAGUUGGAAAAAUCCUUCUGGAUUUGGUCAGACAAUUAAGAAUUGGUUUGGGAAUAGUCCCAGUUCACCUUCUAUGUUCAUUUUGGCAGUUCUCAUUUACUUAUCUCCAAACAUGCUCUCCACAUUGCUGUUUCUGUUUCCUUUCAUCCGUCGGUAUCUAGAGAGGUCAGACUAUAAAAUUGUGAUGCUCAUGAUGUGGUGGUCUCAGCCUCGGCUCUAUGUUGGAAGGGGAAUGCAAGAGAGUGUGUUUUCUAUUGUUAAGUACGUUAUUUUUUGGGUUCUCCUCAUAGUGGCAAAGUUAGCAUUCAGUUUCUAUGUAGAGAUACGGCCUCUUGUUGGUCCAACAAAAGCCAUUAUGAAAGUCCACGUAAAAAAAUUCCAAUGGCAUGAGUUCUUCCCUCGAGCCAAGAACAAUAUUGGUGUUGUGAUUGCAAUCUGGGCUCCUAUUGUCCUUGUCUAUUUCAUGGAUAUUCAGAUUUGGUAUGCUAUUUUCUCCACAAUAUUUGGAGGUAUAUAUGGUGCAUUUCGCCGUCUCGGGGAGAUACGAACAUUAAGAUUGUUGAGGUCCCGAUUUCAAUCAUUGCCGGGUGCUUUCAAUGCUUGCUUGGUUCCAAUGGAAAAGAAGGAGCAACCUAAGAAGGGACUGAAGGCCACAUUUUCUCGCAAAUUUGAUGAGAUCCAAUCUAACAAAGGGAAGGAGGCAGCAAGGUUUGCUCAGUUGUGGAACAAAAUAAUUACUAGUUUCAGAGAAGAGGAUCUUAUAGAUAAAAGGGAAAUGAACCUACUGCUUGUUCCUUAUUGGGCAGAUCGUGAUUUGGACCUUAUCCAGUGGCCUCCGUUCUUACUUGCUAGCAAGCUUCCUAUAGCACUGGAUAUGGCUAAAGAUAGCAAUGGCAGAGACCGUGAACUGAAAAAAAGACUGAAUGCAGACAAUUACAUGCUCUGUGCUGUUCGUGAGUGCUAUGCUUCAUGUAAAAACAUCAUCAAUUAUUUAGUUUUAGGGGAACGUGAAAUACCCGUUUUAGAAGAAAUUUUCUCCAAAGUAGAUCAACACAUACAAGACGAUAAUCUGAUAAGUGAAUUGAAUAUGAGUGCUCUCCCAAACCUCUAUGAACAAUUUGUUCAGCUUAUUGUAUACUUGAAAGAAAAUAAACAAGAGGACAAGGAUGAGGUUGUAAUUGUCUUACUGAACAUGCUAGAGGUUGUGACCAGAGACAUAAUGGAGGACCAAUUUCCUAGUUUGCAAGAUUCAAACCAUGCUGGAUCUUUUGGAAUGGAUGAAGGAAUGACACCUAUAGAACAACAAUAUCAGUUCUUUGGUUCUCUUAAGUAUCCAGUCACAGAAGAAGCAGAAGCUUGGAAAGAGAAAAUCAGAAGACUUUAUCUAUUGCUUACUGUGAAAGAAUCUGCUAUGGAUGUGCCAACAAAUUUAGAAGCUAGACGGCGCAUUUGUUUCUUCUCAAAUUCAUUGUUUAUGGACAUGCCACCAGCACCUAAAGUUCGGAAUAUGCUUUCCUUCUCUGUCUUAACUCCUUACUAUACAGAGGAAGUUCUUUACUCAAUAAACCUCCUAGAAAGGCAGAAUGAAGAUGGUGUGUCUAUCCUUUUCUAUCUGCAAAAAAUUUUUCCAGAUGAAUGGACCAACUUUCUUGAACGGGUCGGAUGUAGCAGUGAAGAAGAACUUAAAGGAAAUGCCAAAUUGGAAGACCAACUUCGUCUAUGGGCAUCAUAUAGAGGCCAAACAUUGACCAAAACUGUCCGAGGUAUGAUGUACUACCGGCAAGCUUUGGAACUUCAGGCCUUCCUUGAUAUGGCGAAGGAUGAAGAGUUAAUGAAAGGCUAUAAGGCUGCUGAAUCAAAUACUGAGGAACACCUUAGGAAUGAUAGGUCAUUGAUGGCACAAUGUCAAGCGGUAGCUGAUAUGAAGUUCACAUAUGUGGUGUCAUGCCAGCAAUAUGGCAUUCAGAAACGAUCUGGUGAUUCUAGAGCCCAAGACAUUCUGAGGCUUAUGACAACGUAUCCAUCUCUUCGUGUGGCUUACAUUGAUGAGAUUGAAGAAACUAGCAAAGAUAGAUCCAGAAAGACGGUUGAGAAGGUUUAUUAUUCUGCUCUUGUGAAGGCUGUACCAAAGUCUGCUGACUCUUCGGAUCCUGUUCAAAACUUAGACCAGGUUAUUUAUCGCAUAAAACUUCCAGGACCAGCUAUUUUGGGUGAGGGAAAGCCAGAAAAUCAAAACCAUGCAAUAAUCUUCACGCGUGGGGAAGGCUUGCAAACAAUAGAUAUGAACCAGGAUAAUUACAUGGAAGAAGCCUUCAAAAUGAGGAACUUGCUGCAAGAAUUUCUUAAAAAACAUGGUGUAAGGAAUCCAACAAUAUUGGGACUUAGGGAGCAUAUAUUCACUGGCAGUGUUUCUUCUCUUGCAUGGUUCAUGUCAAAUCAAGAGACUAGUUUUGUAACAAUUGGGCAGAGAUUGUUGGCUAACCCUUUGAAGGUUCGCUUCCACUAUGGCCAUCCAGAUGUGUUUGAUAGACUGUUUCACCUGACAAGAGGAGGUGUCAGCAAAGCUUCCAAAGUCAUCAACCUAAGCGAGGAUAUAUUUGCAGGUUUCAAUUCUACGCUACGUGGAGGCAAUGUUACUCAUCAUGAAUACAUCCAAGUUGGCAAAGGGAGGGAUGUGGGCCUGAACCAGAUCUCAAUGUUUGAGGCAAAGAUUGCUAAUGGAAAUGGUGAGCAAACGAUGAGCCGUGACAUAUAUAGGCUUGGACACCGAUUUGAUUUCUUCCGAAUGCUGUCAUGUUAUUUCACUACUGUGGGAUUCUAUUUCAAUACCUUGCUAACCGUGGUUACAGUCUAUGUAUUUCUCUAUGGUCGACUUUAUCUUGUUCUAAGUGGACUUGAAAAAGGAUUGAGUACCGAACCAGCUCUUCGGGACAAUAAGCCUCUUCAAGUAGCUCUUGCUUCUCAGUCUUUAAUGCAAAUUGGAUUUUUGAUGGCAUUACCUAUGGUGAUGGAAAUGGGUCUCGAAAGUGGUUUCCGAAAAGCGUUUAGUGACCUCAUACUCAUGCAACUACAGUUGGCUUUUGUAUUUUUUACGUUUUCUCUUGGAACAAAGACCCACUAUUAUGGGAGAACAUUGCUUCAUGGUGGUGCCCAAUACAGAGGUACAGGUCGUGGUUUUGUUGUGUUCCAUGCCAAGUUCGCUGACAACUACAGACUAUAUUCCCGUAGUCAUUUUGUCAAGGCAAUUGAGCUGAUGAUUCUGCUUGUUGUUUAUGAGAUUUUUGGUCAGUCAUAUCGAGGUGUGGUUGCAUAUAUAUUGAUUACCGUGUCAAUGUGGUUCAUGGUGGGGACAUGGCUAUUUGCUCCCUUCCUCUUCAAUCCCUCAGGGUUCGAGUGGCAAAAAAUUAUUGAUGACUGGGCAGAUUGGAAUAAAUGGAUAAACAACCGUGGAGGAAUUGGUGUGCUUCCAGAAAAAAGUUGGGAAUCAUGGUGGGAACAGGAACAAGAACAUCUUCGUGAUUCUGGGAAGCGUGGUACCAUUGUCGAGAUCUUGUUGUCAUUGCGCUUUUUUAUCUAUCAGUUUGGACUUGUAUAUCACUUGGACAUCAUAGAGUCCAAAAGUUUUCUGGUUUAUGGUAUCUCAUGGCUUGUGAUCUUUGUUGUACUAUUUUUGAUCAAGGCUAUGUCGGUUGGAAGGCGAAAAUUUAGUGCAGACUUUCAACUUGUCUUUCGAUUGAUCAAGGGGGUCAUCUUCCUUACUUUCAUUGCUAUUCUGAUUACUUUAAUUGCACUUCCCCAUAUGACAUUUCAGGACAUCAUAGUAUGCAUUCUUGCGUUCAUGCCUACCGGAUGGGGAUUGCUUCUGAUUGCACAAGCUUUGAAGCCUCUAGCUCAACGAGCUGGAAUCUGGGCAUCUGUUCGCACUCUUGCUCGUGGUUAUGAAAUAGUCAUGGGCUUGCUUCUAUUCACUCCUAUAACAAUCUUGGCUUGGUUCCCAUUUGUUUCUGAAUUCCAAACGCGGAUGCUUUUCAACCAAGCAUUUAGCAGAGGUCUACAAAUCUCUCGUAUUCUUGGUGGACACAGGAAAGACCGCUCCUCCAAGGAUAAAGAGUAAUCGCAGUCUGCAUCCAAAACAGCAAUUACAGCAACUUAAAUAUAUACGCACUGAUUUCUGUCAUCUGGAAAAGUCAGCUUCCAUUGGCAUUCUUCAGUCUUUCUAUAUUCGAAAGAACGUAAAUUUCAUUGUAAUUAUAUACUAGAAAUGGUUAGCAAUAUGUAAAUUGUGGUUGUUACAAUAGUACAUGCAUAGACUGGGGCCUUGCAAUCUUCUGGGGGGUCAAAUAGUAAAUUUGUAAACCAUUUUCAGUCAAUCGAAUGCAAAUAGAUUGAUGAUUUGUAUA